CGCUCGACGGACAAUGAGCCUCCUUCGUAACUUCGUUGUUUUGUGUCUGUUGGUCAACAGUUAUUGCCAAAUCGAUCUGCAGAAAAUACCAUGUGGAAACGGAUUCUGCGUUAAGAAGCAUCUGUGUGAGGAUGAGGUUGAUAGUACCGUCCGUGCACCUAAAGACCCCUAUGAUUUGAUAACGUUGCGGAUCGGGGAUACGGACGUGUGCUUUGACUAUAUGCUAGUAUGCUGUAAGAAGGAGAAGGCAGCUGAGGAAGUUACGACUCCUUCAUCGGCGGAGGAUAUAGAGGUUCCACCACCAUCCGAAGUACAGUGUGGAAAAAAGAACGAGCGGGGUUUAGUGUAUGAUUUCCAGCAUAAUGAUACGGUCGCACAGUUUGGGCAGUAUCCGUGGAUGGUCUCGGUCCGAAAAACGCAAGGCGGCACAUCUGAAUACCUUUGUGGAGGAGCGCUUACUCAUCCAACAAUCGUGAUUACAACCGCCCAUAAUGUGCACGGACGAUUGAAUCUGAUUGCUCGUCUAGGGGAGUGGGAUGUUAGUACCAGUAAUGAGCCCCUACCGCAUAAAGAUGUUGCUGUUGCUGAUAUCUUCAUUCACAAGAGCUAUAAACCUAGACCGAUCGAAAACGAUAUUGCCAUAUUGGUGCUCAGCGAUCCCGUCACGUACGAUCAGCAUAUUCGACCGAUCUGUCUGCCUCAAAGCACGGACCGCUUCGAAGGUCAACGAUGUGAAUCGACGGGUUGGGGUACGGUCGGGGGGGUGUACUCUAACAUAAUGAAAAUGAUAACCGUCCCGGUGCUGCCACAAUCCAGAUGUUCCAGUUUGUUGGGACAGGCCGGACUUGGGGAGCACUUUGCGCUUCCGAACCAAUUUUUGUGCGCGGGAGGCGAAAAGAAUGUCGACAUGUGCAACGGUGAUGGAGGAUCUCCGUUGGUGUGUCCGACGGCCGAUGGAAGCUACAAGUUGGCCGGAAUCGUUUCCUGGGGCAUAGGAUGCGGUGGGCUAGACAUUCCUGGGGUGUACACUUCUGUUAGCAACUACGUUAGUUGGAUUGAAGAAAUGAUCGAAAAUUUAGAUUAAUGUUUCGAUAAUUCAUUAAAAAUACUCCGCAAGUA